ACACUGCGCUUCAAACCAACCGGUGGCUUUCAAAUACCUGAAUGUACACUUAUAAUCAUCGGGUUACACAGAAUAAUUAUUGGUGAAUAAAGGAAGUUCCCAAGUUUCAAAAUGGCGUAGAUAUUUUUAUGAGACGAAAUAAAUUUGAAAAUGAAAAUUAAGGCGAUUAUUGCUGGACUUUUAGUCGUCCUUUAUUUUGCGGACAAUUGCGAUGGCCUCAUGUGUUAUUUCUGUGAGGAUACGAGUAACGAAAGUGGGAAGAACCAGUGCCAGGCCUGGAUGCGGACCUUGAAGUUCUACAGGAAGAAAUACAAUUCGGAAGGCCAAUUCAAAUCUGAAAAGUACGUGAAGAACUGUACCGGGUACGCGGAUAAGCCGGAGGAGGAGAUAUACUGUGGCAUCUUCGAAACAAAAUCAAGGGGUACGACUCGGAGCUUUAUACGUGACUGCAGUGAUGGCAAAAACUUCUUCGACGAUUCGCUCAAUGUUCAAUUUGAGAACCGAAUCUUAGGCGACAACCAGACUACGUGUGUGUAUAAAGGAACAAGCGAUAUUGUGUGUAUAACUCUGUGUACUGGGAAAGGCAACGACUUUUGUAACGGUCCUCUUUUAUCCUCCGCAUCACAGGAAGGGCUGACCAAAAUGUUUCUUCUGUGGAUUUCAAUGUUGUCUGUGUGUGCCUCGUUAUUUAAGUGACUUUAGUGAUAUUUUCCUGUUGUUCUUAAAUAUUUAUAUACAUGUGGAUGUGUAAUGAAAACGUAAUUGUGAUACAAAUAUCUGAAGUGUGUAAUAUAAAACAAAUAUCUGAA